AUGAAGAAGAACACGGCGUUUAUCAAACGCCUGCGCACCGCCAUCAGCGCGCCUGCCCAGGCCCAGCUCCUGCACGACGUCCGCGCCCUAUCCCUCCACAAGUACCUCUCUGAGAUCAUCUCGGCCUGCUACGAGGGCCUAUGCAAGCUCAAGACGCCCGCCGAAAUCGCCGCCGGCGUCGAAGUCGUCAGCGCCCUCCACCAACGCUUUGGUCCCACCGAGUUCACCGGAUACAUGGGCUGGUACAUGGGACGGGGCCUCGCCACACCGGACAAGUCUCACCUCAAGACCUUGACCCAAGAUGUCCGUGAGCGCGAGGAAAAGGAGCGUCUGGCCCGCCAGCGCAUCCUGUUGCGCGUCGCCACCGAGCUCUGGCUGGUCGGCGUGCUGCGCAGUCUGGACGACGUCGCUCGACCCGAGGAGGCGGGCAAGACCAAGGACAGCGGCAAGCUGGUCGAGCCAUCAUCGGCCAAGGCAAGGUCGCGCGCCGAAAACGCUGAUGCCGAACCGUUCCCGCUCGAGGUGCUCAAGGACAUGCUGGGACACGAUCGCGACCACACCAACCUGCCGCUGGUCGUCAUCUUCGUCAAGGCGUUUGCCUGGGACAUCUUGGGUGUGAAGACGCCCAGUCGACAAGGCCGCAAGACGGUGCACGAGGACGGGACCACGACCACGACGGGCGACAAGUCAGGCGAAUCCUCGAGCGCCGACGAUGAAGACACGCUUCCCAAGGACACGCCCAUCAUCCCCCCUCCUCUCCAGCAGCGCUUCCGCAACAUCCUUUUGCGCUACUUCGAAGACGUCAAGGCACACUUGUUGCGCGAUCAAAAGUAUCUCGCGCUGCAGAGCCGCAAGAAUGCGGAAGCGUACGUCAAGUCAGGCGAGGUCUUUGAGGACCGCCAGUCCAACUUUGAAAAGCAAAUGAAGGCCCAAGAACGGCUAGUGGCCAAUGCCCAGGUCCUGGCGGAUGCCAUGGGCGUGGAAAUGCCAGAUUUGAAGGAAAAGGACGGUGCUGCGAAUGCUGGUAAUGGCGCUAUCGGCUUGAUCAAGGCAGGUGAAUACCUGCGCGGCCAGAGUGACGGAGCGGGUAUCUGGGAAGACGAGGAGGAGCGCCGGUUCUACGAGAACCUCAUUGACCUCAAAGACCGCGUUCCCGGCAUCUUACUCGAAGAAGUCAAGAAAAAGAAGAGUGACGGCGACGACCAAGUGGGUAGGAAAGCAGAGUCCAAGCCAGAGGCGAGCGACAAGGACGCCGCGGCAGAUGCGGCAGCGGAAGCAAAAACAACGGAGGCGGAUGAUCAGUCCAUGGCGAUUGCAAACAAGUCUGUCGGAGCUCAAGUGGAUGCAUUGUUGGCGCGCCUCCCAGAACUCAGCACCAAGGAGGCCGUUGAUCAGACGGCCAUGGACUUUUGCUUUCUCAACUCCAAGGCUUCGCGCAACCGCCUGAUCAAGGCUGUGCAAGAGAUUCCCAAAGGACGUUCCGAUUUGCUCCCCCUUUAUUCCAGACUCAUCGCCACGCUUGCCAAGUACAUGCCCGAUGUCUCGCAGGGUCUGGUGGCCCAUCUGGAUGAUGAAUUCCGAAGCCUGCAGCGACGCAAAUCCAAGGACUUUCUCGGCCAGGUUCGAACACAGAACGUACGAUAUCUCGCAGAAUUGACCAAAUUCGGUGUUGUGCCGGAGCACGUCAUCUUUCACUGCCUCAAGGUUAGCUUGGAUGACUUCUCUCGAAUGAACAUUGAAAUCAUUUGUAAUCUGUUGGAAAACUGCGGACGCCAUCUUCUCCGCAAUCCAGAGACAUCUCCACGCAUGGCCUCCUUCUUGGAGACUUUGCAGCGCAAGAAGAGCGCUCAAGUCAUUGGCCAGCAAGAGCGCAUGCUGAUUGAGAAUGCCGUCUACUAUGUCAAUCCACCAGAGCGCGCCGCUAUUGAGCAAAAGGACCGCACACCCAUUGAGCUGUUCUUGCGCAAGAUCAUGUACCAGGAUCUCACUCGUCGCACCUUGGACAAGACGGUCAGGCAAAUCCGCAAGAUGCACUGGGAGGAAGAGGACAUUGUCAACCUUUUGCACAAGGUGUUUAGCAAGCCGGGGAAGAUCAAGUACAGCAACAUUCACCUGUUGGCCGUCAUACUGGGUACGAUCCUCCGUCACCACCAGGAAUUCGCCAUCUCCGUCAUUGACGAUCUCCUCGAAUCCAUCACCUUUGGCCUUGAACUCAACGACUUCAAGUUCAACCAGCGACGAAUCGCAGAAGUCAAGUACCUUGGCGAGCUAUACAUUUACCGUCUAGUCGAUUCGCCCCUCGUGUUUGACACUCUGUACAAGCUGCUCAACUAUGGCUGGGAGGGCGGCUAUGCCCGGCCGGGCCUGCACAAUCCCUUGGAUUUGCCGGAUGACUACUUUCGCAUUCGCCUGGUGUGCAAUCUACUAGAGACCUGCGGCAUGUACUAUGACAAAGGAGCUGCCAAGAAGAAGCUCGACUUCUUUUUGACUUACUUCCAGUACUACGUCUGCACCAAAGAAGCGCUGCCGAUGGACGUGGAGUUCAUCGUCCAGGACGCUUUCAAUCUUACGCGCCCAAACUGGAAGCUGAUUACCAAUCUCGAAGAAGCGUCUCAAGCAUUCAGUGAGGCUGUCAAGUCAAAUUAUCAAACUUCGUCCACCGACAAGCCUGCGGAGGCUGAUGAGGACGAUGUAUCUGCAUCUGACGACGAGCUCGACGGCCCUGAAGACGAGGAUGUUGAACUUCCCGAGGGCGAAGGAGAUAAAUCGUCUGGUGAGGAGGAUGACGUGAGUACUAGGUGUUUCUCAUCACCUAAGAUGUCCGAUACUAACAAACUGCCACAGGAUUCCGAUUCUGAUGAAGUCGUAAAGCAAGGCUCAUCAGACGAAGAGGAGGAGCAGAUCAUUGUGACGCGUCAGGAAGACGAACGUGAUCCUGAAGCUGACGCCGAAUUCGAUCGCGAACUCGCAAAGCUCAUGUCUGAGAGCGCCGAGUCGCGAAAGUUUGAACGCAAGCCGGUCUUCGAUGUCCCUCUGCCUAUGCGCCGUGCGCGAGAAGUAGCCGUGAAUACAGAGGAAGGGCCCAAUGAGCCCGUCCCUGUUGCGGUCGCGCCAUCGCACACGAUGAAGUUCUCCCUCCUUAGCAAGCGUGGCAACCGAACGCAGACGCGAUCCAUUGACUUGCCCUCAGACUCGACAUUUGCCGUAGCUAUGCGUAGCAAGCAGCAGGCCGACAAGGAAGAACAACAGCGCAUCAAAAGCCUCGUUCUCAACUACAAUGAAGCUCGAGAUGACGGCGACGACAAUGGUGAUUUACCGUUUUCCUUGACCCUUGCCCCCAACACCAAUAGACGGCGUACUGAAACUUCUCAAGGUCUGGACAAGACUCCGAAUCCAUACGCGCAACCGCGUCUCGACAAAGCCGGUGGCAAUCGCAGCAACCAGCGUGCCAGAAAGCUACAACUCUCUGAUGUCAACUGGUAUGACUCUCGUUUCCCUUCUCGACAGCAGCGUUACUCUGGGUCCGGAACCACUUCUUUGCCGUCCACGUCAGACAAGAAGAUGUCUUCAGUGGCGUCCGGACGACGAGAUCGUGUUCAGGCUUAG